UAUGACCUUUGGGACCUGAAAGAGCAGAGAAACAGAGCGGAAAAGAGGAGGAAGAGUAGCUCUUCCCUACACCCGGCCAAUCAGCAAUUUCAGUUAAAAUCAUGGAGGAGGAAAUGUCCCUCGCCUAAAAUUGCAGCGAAGAUAAAGAGAUUUAAAACUCGUAUGGCUUUCUUUCUCACAACUAAGGAGCUUUAAAAAUUCCAUCUUUUCCCAUUUCUUGAUGUGUUUUGGCAAGAUUUGCAAUCUUCACUAUUUCUCGAAGCUAAUUGUAGCAACCGUUGUGGUGGCAGCUUAGCUUGGUGCCAAGCAAAAGAAAUUCUUUUUGGAGGUUCUGAAAUUACCAAAAGUGGGAAGAAUUGAGGGUUCUCAAACCCAUUAUCAGGUUAUUAAACUUGAAUGCUUUCCAAACUUACAAAUUUAGGAAUUCAAUGAAAGAGCUUUUGGCAGCUUAUGUGCACUUGGGCUAUUAUUCUAUCAAUGUUUUUUGAGAGUUAAAUCUAUCAAAAACUUUGAAAGUAUAUAGUUUGUUGAAACUUUUAGCAACAUUCUGAAGAUUUCUGGUUGCUGCAAAAGUAAAGAGUAGAGAAUCCAUGCUAUCUACUGUUUGAUCUUCAUUAACCACAGGGGAUUGAUUGAAAUCAUCCCUGAAAGCAUACGGAACCUUUGGAAUGAAUGGGAGCUCCGUGGGGCAGUUAUGGUCAGCCUCUCUAUUCAGAUGGUCUUAAUUGUAUUGGGAAACCGAAGAAAGUACAUUGCCCGAGAUUGGCUGGCAAUUGUCCUUUGGCUUGUUUACCUGUCGGCAGAUUGGAUUGUAAAUGUUUCACUUGGUGUUCUCUCCAAUAUGGAAUCAACCAAUAAAAACGGAUUGCCGGAUCCAAAGUAUGUGAUAAUGUCAUUUUGGGCACCAUUUCUUCUUCUGCAUCUUGGUGGUCCUGACACCAUUACAGCCUAUUCAAUGGAAGAUAAUGAAUUAUGGAUAAGGCAAUUGCUUGGGCUAACUGUCAAGUUUGGGGGGGCAUUUUAUGUCUUACUUAGAUCAUGGAUGGGAAGUCCAUUUAACUUUCUAGCACUUCCAAUGUUCAUAGUUGCAAUCAUCAAGUGUGGGGAGAGGACUUGGGCUCUACAAUUUGCAAGUACUGACCAGUUCAGGAAAUCCAUGCUUCAUCGGCCUGAUCCAGGACAUAGCUAUGCUAAAUUCAUGGAUAAUUACGCUUCACUAAUAGCUGAGGGGUACAACGUAUCACUGGAGCCAGUCAUUGAUGAAGCUUCCAUUGUGCUUGGUCAAUCUUGUAAAGCUGUAGAAAACAGCAUUGUCCCUGACGCUGCAAUCUUGCAUGAUGCUGCAUAUUGCUUUAAAACUUUCAAGAGGUUAUUUGCCGAUCUCAUCCUCAGCUACCAGGACCUAAAGAGUAGCAGGUCCCUUUUCCAUGAUGAGCACAUGACUUGGGAGAAAGCUUUCAAAGUGAUAGAGAUUGAGCUUGGAUUCAUGUACAAUUUGCUUUAUACCAAGGCAAUUGUGAUACAUGAUUAUCGCGGCAGCUUUCUUCGUACUAUCAGUUUAUCUUCUACCAUUUUUGCUCUCAUAGCCUUUUUUAUAAUUGAUAAGCCUUCUUAUUCGAGAAAUGACAAAAUCAUAACUUGUGUGCUACUGUUUGCUGCUAUUGCUUUGCAAGUAUAUGAGAUGAUUGUUCUACUUUCCUCAGAUUUGACAUUACUUUGGCUAAGCAAGCACAAAAAUCUGUUGGUGGAUCUCAUCUACAAGACCAUCUGCUAUAUCCAGUCAUGGUUGCAACCUUUUUAUAUUACGCCAUCUGUGAACAAGAGAUGGUCUAAUUGCAUUGCAAAAUUCAAUCUAAUAAGAAUUUGCCUCGAUGAUAAGCCAAUCAUGUUCAGUGGAAUCUUCAGGUUCUCAUGCAUUUAUGAGAUGCCAGAGAAGCGGCACUUCAAAGUCUUGGAUGCUGUCAGCCCCGAUUUAAAAAAGCUGGUGUUUGAGCAACUUUUGGUGAAGUCUAGGAAUGAACUGGACAUAAGCAUUUCUAGGCAAUUAUGUGCUCAAAGGGGUGAUCAGGUACUCAGAGAAAUGGGUUGUUUUGACAAGAUUGGCUGGAGUGUCAAAGCAGAAUUUGAUCAGAGCAUUCUUCUAUGGCAUAUUGCCACGGAUCUCUGCUUUUACUUGGAUGUAAACAAAAAUUCAAAUGUAAUUGAAACCCCAAUAUGUAAAGAAAGCAAAUCUUUAGCAGAAUACAUGUUGUAUCUUCUAGUUAUGUGCCCUUUCAUGCUUCCUAAUGGGAUUGGGCAGAUUAGAUUUCAAGAUACCUGUGCUGAGGCCGCCCAAUUUUUUCAAGAAAAAAAGGACAUAUCAGAUGAAAACAAAGCUUGCACUGCAUUGCUUGAGGUGAACACUGAUAUUCUUCCAUCUCAAGUGAAAGGAGAUAGAAGCAAGUCAGUAUUAUUCGACGCAAGUACGCUUGCCAAGUCCUUACAAUCCUUGGAGACGGAAGAGCAAUGGACAAGUGAGAAGAAGUGGGAGAUGAUAAAUCGCGUGUGGAUAGAGAUGCUUUCUUAUGCUGCAAAUCAGUGUGGAUCAAACAACCAUGCCAAGCAACUCACAGGAGGAGGGGAGCUGCUCACUCAUGUCUGGCUAUUGAUGGCUCAUCUGGGUAUUACUGAACAAUUUCAGAUUUCUAAAGGCAAUGCAAGGGUGAAGUUGGUUGUGAGUUGAACAUUCCUGAGGAGAAAUAAUUGUUUGUAAUUUAUCAAGAAAUAUUAUUUAGAGCUUGGCAUUUUUGUUGCCCCAUUUAGGCAUGGAAGAGUUACAUAUAUGGAUUGUACUGUAUAAACAUAUCAAUUAUUUUUAAAAAUACAUCGCUAGAUAGUUAUAAUGGAGAAAUAAUUAAUUAUUAGAGAAAUUUAUGAGGAAA